AUGUAUAUGACAUCUCUAAUUGGCAACACCGUGAUUAUUCUUCUGGUGUGUAUUGACUAUCAUCUUCACUCACCUAUGUAUUUCUUUGUAGCAAAUCUUUCUUUCAUUGAGGUCACCAUCACCUCCACAGUGGUGCCAAAGAUGUUAGCCAACACUUUUUCACUCACCAAAACAAUAUCCUUUGUGGGAUGUCUCAUACAAUCUAUCUUCUACUUUCUGUUGGGAUCUACAGAAUUUGUCAUCCUUGCUAUCAUGUCCUUUGACCGAUAUGUUGCCAUCUGCAACCCUCUGAGAUAUGCCAUCAUCAUGAACAAACAGACAUGUAUACUCUUGAUUCUGGGAUCAUAUGUAGGUGCAUUCUUGUCAAUGUUGGGGCCAUCUGUCUUAACUGCCCCCUUAAUAUUUUGUGGACCGAAUGAAAUUCAUCAUUUUUUCUGUGACAGAGCCCCAAUGCUAAAGCUAGCCUGUGUAGAUAUCUCUCUGGCUGAAAUGGUUGACUUCAUCUCUUCUGCUGUGUUGCUUUUGGGCUCCCUGCUUCUCACAGGAGUGUCUUACACCUACAUUGUCAUAACUAUCCUUAAGAUUCCCUCUGUCCAGGGAAGGCAGAAAGCUUUCUCCACCUGUGUUUCUCACAUCACAGUGGUUAUACUUUAUUAUGGGAGCUCCAUCUUCCUCUAUGUCCGUCCCAAAAAAGGUAAUGCAGUGGAUAUUAACAAAUUUGCCACAGUGCUGAACACCAUCAUAACACCAAUGCUGAAUCCUUUCAUCUAUAGUUUCCGGAAUGAGAAAGUCAAAGAAUCCCUGAGAGAUGCCUUCAAAAAGUAUGUAGGUAUACCAACAAACUUAAGAUUUGAAAAAUGA